ACGUUUGGAUGACGCACACACACGUCCACGACGCACAUGCUGAUUGGGUAAAUCUUCCGAGAGCGCCAGCCAAUCAGAGCGCUCGAAACACUAAUCGAAAUUGGGAUUACGUUAUCAUAAUCAACUGCGCAGUUGGAUGUUGAAGCUUCCACAGUUGCACAAGAGCUGGCCUACCUGCAGGUGCGAGAUCUCUGUAAACAAUUUUCCAAAGACAAUGGAUAAGAUGGGAGAUUUCAUACCAAUGGAUGAACUGAUUACAGGGAUGCCAAGUAAUCACGACGGAGACAUUGUUUUCUUGGACCAGAACGUGUCGUUGCGCGAAUUUGAACCCUUCCGUCUAGCCGAAGAGGUGAGCUUUAUAGGCAGCACUCAGUACAACAUGGGCCAACAUAACACCUCUGGUAAUGGGAUGUUCCACCCACGGGGCAACAACAACAUGGCCCAGUCACAGAACCGCCGAAGUCCACUGGAUCAAUUAGGCAACGGUCAGCAUCAUAUGUACCAAUCAGAGAGCGUCCAGCAUCAAAUGGACCAACCCUGGAACGGCCAGCAUCAAAUGGACCAACCCUGGAACGGCCAGCAUCAAAUGGACCAAUCAUGGAACGGCCAGCAUCAAAUGACCAACCCUGGAACGGCAGCAUCAAAUGGACCAAUCAUGGAACGGCCAGCAUCAAAUGGCGGCCAGCAUCAAAUGGACCAAUCACGGAACGGCCAGCAUCAAAUGGACCAAUCAUGGAACGGCCAGCAUCAAAUGGACCAACCCUGGAACGGCCAGCAUCAAAUGGACCAAUCAUGGAACGGCCAGCAUCAAAUGGACCAAUCACGGAACGGCCAGCAUCAAAUGGACCAAUCACGGAGCGUCCAGAACCAGGCAAGAAACCGCCGACGCCGAGCUGACCAAUCAGGGAGCAGUAGGAAUCACACGAGCCGCGGCCACGGGCACCAGCUGCAGUUCCAAGCCGAAGAGCGUGAGGGAGAGACGCAGCCCGAUAACAAAUGUAGUGUCACAGGACUGGUUUGA